GCAGGUGGGAGGCCGCGGGCGCGGGAGGGGCCCCUGGAAGGCCGUCCUCCUCCUCCUUCUCCUCCUCCCAGGCCCCAGCGCGUAGCAUUCAGGGGCUCGCGAGGCCACUUCUCUUGCGACCAAGGCUCACAGCGCUGAGAGAGCGACCCUCGGCCCUGGGUCUGGGCGCCGGAGUUUCGCCGGCUGUGGGUCGCCGCUGCCCGGGGACCAGAGCGCGCGGAGCCGGAGGAAGGAGCGCUCACUCGUCCGCCGCCUAGCUGCCUCCCGGCGCUCGCUCUCCGGGCUCCUAGAUUUACUGGCUGCUCCUCCCACCCGCGCCCGCCUCCUAGCUCGCUCUCUCGCUCCAGCCGGUUUCCAAGCCCUUCAGUGGGCCCGGGAGAGUUAGGGGCAAGGGGCCAGGCACCAUCGCCGAGUCGAGGGCGGGGGUCCCGGCAGAGUUCAGCCGGCCCGGGAGGGGCUAUGUCCGGCGCGGGCGCAGCGGGAUCUGCUUGCAGCAAGUGAUCGGACGGCGUGGGCGGCCGCCUCCCGCCUCUGCCACCUGGGGCGGUGAGGACCCCGAGCCCGGAGCUCGGCUGGCGCGGAGAGCCGGCGCAAUGCACGUGCGCUCGCUGCACGCCGGGGCGCCCCAAAGCUUCGUGGUGCUCUGGGCGCCCCUGUUCCUGCUCCGCUCCGCCCUGGCGGACUUCAGCCUGGACAACGAGGUGCACUCGAGCUUCAUCCACCGGCGCCUCCGCAGCCAGGAGCGGCGGGAGAUGCAGCGGGAGAUCCUGUCCAUCUUGGGCUUGCCCCAUCGUCCGCGCCCCCACCUCCAGGGCAAGCAUAACUCGGCGCCCAUGUUCAUGCUGGACCUGUACAAUGCCAUGACGGUGGAGGAGGGCAGCGGGCCCGACGGCCAGGGCUUCUCGUACCCCUACAAGGCCGUCUUCAGUACCCAGGGCCCCCCUCUGGCCAGUCUGCAAGAUAGCCACUUCCUCACUGACGCCGACAUGGUCAUGAGCUUCGUCAACCUAGUGGAGCACGACAAAGAAUUCUUCCACCCACGCUAUCAUCACCGGGAGUUCCGAUUUGAUCUUUCUAAGAUCCCUGAAGGAGAAGCUGUGACAGCCGCUGAAUUCCGAAUCUAUAAGGACUACAUCCGGGAACGUUUUGACAAUGAGACCUUCCGAAUAAGUGUCUACCAGGUGCUGCAGGAGCACUUGGGCAGGGAGUCAGACCUGUUCCUGCUGGAUAGCCGCACCCUCUGGGCCUCGGAGGAAGGCUGGCUGGUGUUUGACAUCACGGCCACUAGCAACCACUGGGUGGUCAACCCCCGGCACAACCUUGGUCUGCAGCUCUCUGUGGAAACUCUGGACGGGCAGAGCAUCAACCCCAAGUUGGCGGGUCUGAUUGGACGGCACGGGCCCCAGAACAAGCAACCCUUUAUGGUGGCUUUUUUUAAGGCCACUGAAGUCCACCUCCGCAGCGCCCGCUCCACGGGGGGCAAGCAGCGCAGCCAGAACCGCUCCAAGACACCCAAGAAUCAGGAAGCUCUGCGGGUGGCCAACGUUGCAGAAAACAGCAGCAGUGACCAGCGGCAGGCCUGUAAGAAGCAUGAACUAUAUGUCAGCUUCCGUGACCUGGGUUGGCAGGACUGGAUCAUUGCUCCCGAAGGCUAUGCUGCCUACUACUGUGAGGGGGAGUGUGCCUUCCCACUCAACUCCUACAUGAAUGCCACCAACCACGCCAUUGUGCAGACACUGGUCCAUUUUAUCAACCCAGAAACAGUGCCCAAGCCUUGCUGUGCUCCCACUCAACUCAAUGCUAUCUCUGUCCUCUACUUUGAUGAUAGCUCCAACGUCAUCCUGAAGAAAUACCGAAACAUGGUUGUACGAGCCUGUGGCUGCCACUAGCCCCUCCUGGGAGUCAGACCCUGUUGGGCCAGCGUUUCUGCAUUCUUGAUCUCCCACACCCCAUGUAGGCAUGGAGCCAGUAGACCAAUCACCCUUUGCAAGACUGUCCCUAUGUCGUCAUCCGCCCCCCCCCCCACCUUUAAUGGUGUAGGAGCAUUAAGGAAUUUGAGAGGUCAGUGGCUUUUGAUCAUUUUUUCCCCCUCAAGAGCAUCCUGCAGGCAAGAUUCUACAAAUUCCUGAAGGCAAAACCUAAGAAGAUAAGCAGUCCAUGAGAAGAGAAGUCACCUGGGCACAGUCAUCAGUUGUGACAUCUCAGACAUGCAUAGACUCCUUUCUGGGGGUGAUCUGAGCAUCAUCCAGCCAGGCCACCCAGCAGCUGGGAGAAGGGGGUGCAGCCAGGGGCGGGCAUGUUGCUGUCUGUGCUAAAGGAAAGCUGACGUGGAAGUUCCUGUAAUAAAUGUCACAAUAAAACGAAUGAAUGAAAAUGGUUAGGAUGUUACAGAUAUAUAUUUCCUAAACAAUUUAUCCCCAUUCCUUGGUUUAUUCUGAUUUCAUAAACAGAAGCUGAGGCCAGCAGAGGGAGGAGGGAUUCCUCUCCACUCCUUUCCAGUUUCAGUCUGAGGCUUACAGAACUUGCUUACGGAGAUUUGCCCAAAUUCAAGCUGUGACUGUAAGGGGAAAUAGAAUGUCUGCUGGACGAAGGGCUGUGUUGCCCUAGAAUGGAAAAUGUUUUGUCAUUCAGUUGGUUGUGUGGCGGCAGAAUUUGAAAUCUCAUGGACCUAGAAGCACAGGCUUCCCAGCUCCUCUCUGUGGUGGGAAUCAAUGUAAAAUGGCUACAACUUGACUCUGAAAUCUAACCCAAUUUAAAGAAAUGUCAAGGAAGCCAGCUCUCAGAUUGAGUGGACAAGGUACUCUUGUACUUUCCUAAUGAGUACUUCCUGUUGUUUGUUGAUAGCAAUGUUCUGAAAUCUGGGUUCCAACCAGUGCCUCUAACAUCUGCAAACCUCAGUAGAGGGUUCUGCAAAAAAUGCAUUGGGUUCCUGAGGUAAAGACAACCUGGUGGGAUGUCUGCUGGCUGCAGGAUGUGCCAGAAGAAAAUUUCAAGUGGAAGAACCAAGAAGUCCUUUUGAGGCCAAUUUUCUAAUUGAGUGUUCUGACUCAACCUGGCUCCCUUGCCUUGGACUCCUAAAUGGUAUGUGCCCAACCUCUAGAUGUAGCACAAGGAUACAGGACUGAGGUUACCUGGGCGAGGCCUGUGGCCCCUGGAAUCCAGCCUAGUGGGGAGCUGUGGCUACCCCCUGACUAAGUUAGGUUCUGGAAAUACUGGGGUACUGUUUGCUUUUUCUUUUUUCUUCUCCAGUAGCUUGGGCUGCAGUCUUCAUUCAGUCAGUUUACCAGAAAAGUGUCACCAUUUUCUGUACUGUCUAGUCUAUUGGCAGAUCUGAUGCUUUGCUGUGACUCCCUUUUCUGGUGCAAGUUUUCUCACAUUUAUGCCCUGCUGGCCUCUGGCAGCGCCAUGUGUACAUUUAAACAUGUGAAUAGUUGUUACAAAGCAAAGAAUAAUUUAUAUCCCUUGGAAGUGCCCUUUAGACCCUCCUUCAGUUCCUUGUUCAGCACAGUGAGCUUGCUUCCCUUCAACCUGUUUGUUUUCUUAUUUAAGACUAUUUAUUAAUGAUUGGACAAAUGUACCUUUAGCUGUUUUACAGAGCAGCCUUCAGUGAAAAUCAUGUAUAAAUAGACAAAGUAAAAAGGCUUUUUUGGCUUUGCAAUAAUAAAAGGAGACAUUUGGUUCUGGUU